AUGGAUUGGACAAAAGAUCGAACCAAUACGUUGAAGCUUUUGCGCCGAACAUUUUCUCUAAAUAGUAUCGAUGCGCAGGGUCGAAAGCGUAAUACAGCUAUUCGUUUUCUUUGGCAACCCUCGAUUGUGCCACCCGAGCUGUUAAAGAUUUCGAUAGAUUUGGCGUACAAGUUUCUUGAAAAUCCGGAGCUGGGUAAAGUUAGUGGACGAGAUUGGCUGCAGGCAAUCUUUAGCUAUAUCAAAGUUAUUUGUAUUGACUACAACGAAGCGGCCAACGCAAUCGAAUCGGUCUCGUAUUAUGAUGACAUGGAUGCGCUUUUUCAAGCAAUGCUUGCCGCGCUUGGGCGCUUAUCGAAAAGUGAUUUCACGCGCAGCGAUGUCUCGGCUCGCCCGUUUGCUCUGUUCAUUAUGACAUUAGCCGAAAAGAAGCCACAUCUGUUGAACAAGCAUAUCGUCAACAUUGCACCAUUCUUGGCCGAUGAUCCAUCUGCACUUCGCUGUGCAGUUCUUUGUGCGUUUGUCGAAAUUGUUAUGCAAGUUUACAAAGGAAAUUUGCCAGAGGGUAAUUUUCGACGUUCUCGUGAUCGACUUCUUCUACAUUUGCAGGUGAAUUGCAUUGUACAUUGUUUAAAAAUGUCUUUAGAUCUAAAAGUUAAAACCAAAAUUCCGUUUCUUGAAAAACCGAAUUACCCGAAAGUAACUUAG